AUGGGUGGGUGCCAUACAGACUGCCUUGAGAAGCCAUUGUCCAGAGGUUUUCGUAAUCUGGGAAAACUCAUCGCUAGAUAUCCUUGGUGGUUCAUAGUUAUUCCAGUUGCGUUAUCAGUUGGAUUAGGAAUGGGCUUUUGUUUCCUUGAAGAAAGACAGAUGAAUAACUUAGAGGACCAAUUCACUCUGGUGGGUGGUCAUGCAAAGAGCGAGAGAGACUUUGUCCAGGCGCAUUUUCCCAUCAAUGACUCCAGGCACUUUUCUGUAGAACGGCUGUAUGGAGAAGGUACUUUUGCCUCUCUUAUUAUUGUAAGUUCAUCACAAAAUAUCCUGAAUAAGAGCAUCUUCGAAGAUCUACACAUGCUGGACACAACAGUGAAGAGUUUAGAGUGUGGGUCAAACAUUAGCUUUUAUCACUUGUGUGCUAAAACCAAUGGUUCUACGUGCCUUCCUGCUAACCCCUUACUGGAGAUGAUACAGAACAACACGGAGGAAAUCUUGUUAACUUAUCCCAUGUUCAAGAACACCAUAUUCCUGGGAUUCUACAUUGGAGGUGUCACGCUAGGCUCAGACAGCAGCGUACUUAAGGCCCAGGCUAUUAGAUUGCUGUAUUACCUAAGAGAAGACAGCAAUCAAGUCAAAAGCAACGCCUUGAGGUGGCUGGACCACUUUACCAUGAUCAUACCCCAAAAAAUCCAAGAGUUACACCUUAAAUCGAUACAGGUUUAUUAUUCCACAUCGAUUUCUCUACAAAGACAGCUGCAAGAAAAUACCAAAAAUGUGAUUGCUUAUUUCUCCAUCACCUACCUGGUGACCCUUUUGUUUUCUAUUGUGUCUUGCAUGAGAUUAGACAAUGUAAGAAACAAAAUUGGUGUCACUGCAUUUGGAGUAUUGUCGCCUGGCCUAGCUAUAUUGACCAGUUUUGGACUUCUGUUAUUAUGCGGGGUACCUUUUGCUGCUACCGCUGUAAAUGCACCAUUUCUUAUUUUAGGAGUUGGCGUUGACAACAUGUUUAUUAUAUUAUCUUGUUGGCAACAAACAAAGGUGAAAGGGAGCAUUGAAGAACGUAUGGCUGAUACCUACCAAGAUGCCGCCGUGUCCAUCACCAUUACUACCCUGACCGAUGUCCUGGCUUUCUACAUCAGCAUAAUUACUCAUUUCCCUUCGGUGCAGUCUUUCUGCUUAUAUACAGGAACGGCCCUUAUCUUUUGUUACCUGUACUGCGUUACUUUCUUUGGGGCAAUUCUAGCAUUAAACGGAAAAUAUGAAAAUGAAAACAGGCAUUGGUUAACGUGCAUGAAGUUGAAGAACACGGAGGAGCCUGGGCACAGCCCUGCAUAUAGUGCAUGUUGUGUCGGAGGAUCUUUGGACACAGUGAAGGGGAUAGAACAUGAGCAUCCGAUUACAGUAUUCUUUUAUAAGUAUUAUGGGCCGUUUAUUACUCAGUACUGGAUAAAAGUACUUGUUUUAUUUCUCUAUUUUGGUUAUCUGAUCGCUAGUAUUUUUGGAUGCAUCCAAAUAGAAGAGGGUAUAGAUGUGCGCUAUCUUGCAAAUGACCAUUCUUUUUUAAAAAGGUUUUACAAUAAAGAGGCGUUAUAUUUUUCAGAAUACGGCCCCAGGGUGAUGGUUAUCGUUACUAAUGCCACCAACUAUUGGGAAAUAGAAACUCGCCAAGAACUUGAAGGCUGCAUGGAGGCACUAGAGAGUAGCUAUUAUGUGACAAAGGAAUAUUCUGUGUCUUGGUUGAGAACAUAUGAAAGGUUGUCUAGAGCUGCAAAUCUAAACAUAACUAGCAAGGCCAACUUUAUGAAACACUUAAAAAUAUUGUAUUCGCAGUUUUCAGAUUUUCGACUGGAUAUCGAACAACAUGGAUCUGAGAUAAUUGCCUCUCGUUUUUUCAUACAGACUUUUCAUUUAUUCACUGGCCAUGAUGCUAAAACGAUGGUACAUCAAUUAAGGGAAAUUGCCGCAAACUGCAGAAUUAAACUCAUUGUUUAUCACCCGCUAUUCAUCUACUUGGAUCAAUAUGCCGUAAUAAUCCAAAACACUGUUCAAAAUAUCAUUGUGGCUACUGUUGUGAUGCUGGUGAUCUCUUUGUUGUUCAUUCCAAACCCUCUUUGCUCGUUGUGGGUGACAUUUGCAAUCGCUUCCAUCAUUGUAGGCGUCAUUGGUUUCAUGGGCUUUUGGAAAGUUAAUUUAGAUUCCAUAUCAAUGAUCAACCUUGUUAUUUGCAUAGGGUUCUCGGUUGACUUCUCGGCUCAUAUUGCGUAUGCCUGUGUUUCCAAUAAGAAGACAGGUGCAAACGACAGGAUGAUCGAUGCCUUGCGCGUUCUUGGUUACCCUGUGGUACAGGGAGCUCUUUCUACAAUAUUAGGGAUUUUGGCUCUUUCUGUCGCAGAGAGCUACAUUUUUAGGACAUUUUUUAAAAUCAUGUUCUUAGUCAUUGUUUUUGGGGUCCUCCAUGGCCUCAUAUUUAUUCCUGUAUUCUUGACCACAUUAGGAGUAUAUGAAAUAUCAUGCAACAAAAAGGUAACACCCCAAAACACCAAUAUGUUAAAUACAGAGGAGCUUGGUAGGGGCUACCCAGAAGGUUGCGAAAGUCGGAUGAAAAUGCAAGAACUUCCUGGAUAUGUCAGUCCAAUAUCGUGUGUAAUGAACAGUGACAGCCUGUGUAAAUUCUAUUAUCCCAGUAGCUCUAAAAACUUCUCUGGACCCCAGAAAGAAGAUGGGCUCCAUGAGCAAAAUCAGUACAAAAAUAAUCUACUGCAAUACAGGAGGCGAUUGUUCCAUCUUUAUUUAGAAGGUAAAGUUAAUCAAGAUUGCCAUUGA